GGCUUGAUAAACUCAGUCGCAGCUCCGCAGACUCUCACUUCUGUCCUGCCCCCGCCCCCACAUCCCAGCAGGCCCUGCACCACCACGUGUGACUCGGUGUCGUAGUGUCGUUGCUCGUCUACAGCGCCCCCUGCAGUCAUGUGUGAUGACGAGGAGAGCACCGCUCUGGUCUGCGAUAACGGAUCCGGUCUCUGCAAAGCCGGAUUUGCCGGAGACGACGCUCCCAGAGCCGUCUUUCCCUCCAUCGUGGGCCGGCCCCGGCACCAGGGAGUGAUGGUGGGCAUGGGGCAGAAGGACAGCUACGUGGGAGACGAGGCUCAGAGUAAGAGAGGAAUCCUGACCCUGAAGUACCCCAUCGAACACGGCAUCAUCACUAACUGGGACGACAUGGAGAAGAUCUGGCACCACUCGUUCUACAACGAGCUGCGAGUGGCUCCAGAGGAACAUCCCACCCUGCUGACUGAGGCGCCACUCAACCCCAAAGCUAACAGGGAGAAGAUGACACAGAUCAUGUUCGAGACCUUCAACGUUCCUGCCAUGUAUGUGGCCAUCCAGGCCGUCCUAUCACUGUACGCCUCAGGACGUACCACAGGUAUCGUCCUGGACUCAGGUGAUGGCGUCACCCACAAUGUGCCGAUCUACGAGGGCUACGCCCUACCUCAUGCCAUCAUGAGGUUGGACCUGGCGGGCCGCGACCUCACCGACUACCUCAUGAAGAUCCUGACCGAGCGAGGCUACAGCUUUGUCACCACCGCGGAGAGAGAGAUCGUGCGGGACAUCAAGGAAAAGCUGUGCUACGUGGCUCUGGACUUUGAGAAUGAGAUGGGGACAGCCGCCACCUCGUCCUCGCUGGAGAAGAGCUACGAGCUUCCUGACGGGCAGGUCAUCACCAUCGGCAAUGAGAGGUUCCGCUGCCCUGAGACGCUAUUCCAGCCCUCCUUCAUUGGUAUGGAAUCAGCCGGUAUCCACGAGACCACCUACAACAGCAUCAUGAAGUGUGACAUCGACAUCCGUAAAGACCUGUACGCCAACAACGUGCUGUCUGGGGGAACCACCAUGUACCCGGGAAUCGCAGACCGCAUGCAGAAGGAGAUCACCGCUCUGGCCCCCAGCACCAUGAAGAUCAAGAUCAUCGCUCCCCCGGAGAGGAAGUACUCGGUGUGGAUCGGCGGGUCCAUCCUGGCCUCGCUCUCCACCUUCCAGCAGAUGUGGAUCAGCAAGCAGGAGUACGACGAGGCCGGACCCUCCAUUGUCCACCGCAAGUGCUUCUAAAGGCUGCGCCCGGGCCUUCAAGCCCCGCCCCCCCUCCUUUAGCACAACGUUAUUUUAGCCUGCACCGAGCACCCGCUAACAGACCCCAGAUCAGCCACCAAAAUCAGGCCCGCAGGGACGACAGGAAGUCAGAGAGCGCUCGACAGCGUUAACCUCAGAGGACAGAAAGUGAUGUCAUGUUUGUUUUUGAAGAACUUCCAGAAAGUCAAACAUCCUCCCUCUCUGCUCACCUUCAAACUGUGAAUGUCCCGCUUGCCCUCUGCAACCCCACCACCCCACAUUCCACCUGUGGCCCCGCCCCCUCUGAGCUCCACGUUGGUGCUGUUUCCUGUCAGAAAGUGCGUUUUUAUUUUUGAUGAAUAAAGCUUGAAUGUUGCCCGCUGGUGUCGUCUUCUAUCGAUCACAUUCACGCGGCGCUCUGAUGAUGUCACACGGUGUAUGAUGAUGUCACUGCUGUUGACCUGUGGGUAGGUGUGACCUCGUGGUGCUAUCUGUUUUAGUAACAUUUGACAAGGUGGUGAUGUGAACGUGGAAGUGACGGUUGAAUGAACCCAGGAAGACAAUAAAGCGCUCUCAUACCUGAA